AUGACUACAAGGGUAGGAAGGAGAAGUGAGGUUCCUUAUAAGAAGGACACUUGCAAUAAUUGGGUUGUAGGGCGUCACACCAAUAAGCCCUGCAGGUUUGUGCGCAGUGAGACUUCACUACCGUCCACCCCACGUAAUACUCCUUAUCAAUGCAGGAGGAAGUCCCCUUACUCGGUUAACAAGUCUCGUAGGAAUGAAUUGCUUAACAAGCCUCAAUCAGAUGGCAUAAGAUCCUCUAUUGCCAAAGGCAAUUCACCUCAAAUUUGUAAGUACUGGAUCAAUGGGAACUGCGUACAUGGCGAUCGUUGUUGGAACUUGCAUUCCUGGUUUCAAGGCGAUGGCCUUUCUGUGCUCACUAAGCUUCACCAACACAAGACGAUUGUCACUGGGAUUACACUUCCAGUUGAAUCCGACAAACUUUUUUCUUGUAGCACUGAUGGGACACUUCGGGUGUGGGACUGUCAUACUGGUCAAUGUGUUAGCGUCAUAGAUCUGGGUGAUGAAGCAAGGUGUUUGAUCAGUAUGGGUUCUUGGGUGUUUGCAGGAUUGCGGAAUGCUAUUAAGGCAUGGAACAUUCAGACGGCUGCUGAGAUCACUGUUGAUGGACCUAAGGGUACUGUACUUUCCAUGGCUGUUUGCAACGAUACACUUUUUGCUGGAGCAAUGGAUGGUGUUAUUUACGCAUGGAGAUCCAGUUCUGAAGCAAAUUUCCCAUUUAAAUUAUUGGCAACGUUGAAUGGCCACACCAGAGCUGUUGUUUGCUUAACUGGUGGACCUGGGGACAAGCUGUACUCAGGUUCUGUGGAUCAUAGCAUCAAGGUUUGGGAUCUCAACUCAUUACAAUCUGUGAUGACGUUGAAAGGGCACACGGACAUAGUGACAUCCCUUAUUUUCUGGGACCAAUACUUAUUCUCAAGUUCAUUAGACGGCACAGUAAAGCUUUGGACUGCCACUCAAAAGGAAACUUUGGAAGUAGUACACACGCACCAUGAACAAAGUGGUGUGGUCAGAAUCAACGGGAUGAUUGAUGCGAAAGGAAAACCCAUAUUGUUUUGCUCGUGCAACAACCAUUCAGUUGGGCUAUAUGAAAUGCCAUCGUUUGCUGCGAGAGGAAGAUUGUUCUCAAAACAAGAGAUUAGGGUAAUAGAAGAAGGCCCCGGUGGACUUUUUUUCACUGGAGACGGAACUGGUUUGCUCACUGUCUGGAAAUGGCUGCCAGAGUGGGAGCCUAACACCACAUCUUCAUGAUUCCCAAUCAUAUUUGCUUGCUUUUAACCUUAGAGUUAGGAGAACUAACAAAAUGUUUGUAUUUAAGAUUUUGCUUGUAUUACAUUAUAUACAAUACAUUCAAUUCCAAUUUUAACUCCUCAUUAUGUAAUGAACGUACGGCAUCAACAAUUCUUCUUGUGAAAAUUUGUAUAGUUUUUUUUUUUUUUUUGGUAUUGAAAAUGUACAAUAUGUUACUUCAAAAUGUCACAGCUCGGUUAACCAACACCUUGCUUACUAAUAGACUCGUCAUAAUUAGUAGUUGUGAUUCUUCUUAU